GUUUUCAGUCAAAUAUCUACUCAGAUUAAUAUCAUCAUACACUGUGAAUCGCUCACAUUCGUCAUAUUUCUACCAUAGUACUCUCUGACAUCGAGGUUUUAAUUGUACACAUAAACGUUAUCAACGGUAGCUUUACUACUUUCCCUUUAAGAAAUCCGACUACACGCUCAGCGCCCAAUCGCGGCGCGUAAACUGAAUCUUGUUGUUGUCAGCAACAACCGGCUAAUACAGUUGUGCGCUAGCAGGAGACAACCGAAGAGCUAGCAGCAUAUUUUGCUUGUGUCUCGUUCGCCGCCACAUAGAAGAAGACUUUACGGUAGCAAGUCGUCGCGUUCACCGGCUGUUCGUCUCCUCGCUAUAUGAGGAAAGAUGACUUCUUCCCUGUCGGAUCCAACUCUAGAAAGACAUUUCAAGGGUCACAGGGACAAUGUUACAAGUGUGGACUUCAGCUGCAACAUGAAACAGAUUGCCACAGGCUCUAUGGACUCCUGUGUGAUGAUUUGGAACAUGAAACCUCAGAUGCGAGCAUAUCGUUUUGAUGGACAUAAAGAGGCUGUCAUUUCUGUUCAGUUUUCUCCCUCUGGCCACCUGGUGGCCUCUGCCUCCAGGGACAAGACUGUUCGUCUUUGGGUGCCCAGCAUGAAGGCUGAGUCAACAGCUUUCAGGGCUCACACUGCCACCGUGCGCAGCGUUAACUUUUCUGGUGAUGGGCUGAAUCUGGUCACAGCCUCUGACGACAAGACCAUCAAAGUGUGGACCGUCCACAGGCAAAAGUUUCUCUUCUCUCUCAACCAGCACAUCAACUGGGUCCGCUGUGCCAAAUUUUCUCCAGACGAUCGUUUGAUUGUGUCGUCGAGUGAUGAUAAGACUAUAAAGCUGUGGGACAAGAAUAGCCGAGAGUGUAUUCAUUCUUUCUAUGAACAUGCUGGUUAUGCGAACCAUGUGGAAUUCCAUCCCAGUGGAACAUGCAUCGCUGCAGCCAGUACUGACAACUCUGUGAAGGUGUGGGACAUCAGAUCACAUAAGAUGCUGCAGCACUACCAAGUCCACAGUGGUGUGGUGAACAGCUUGUCUUUCCACCCGGCUGGUAAUUUCCUCAUAACUGCGUCCAGCGAUUCCACAAUGAAGAUACUGGACCUUGUAGAGGGCAAGCUACUGUACACACUGCACGGACACCAGGGCCCAGUGACCAGUGUUGCCUUCUCCAGGACAGGAGAGUACUUUGCCUCCGGAGGUUCUGAUGAACAGGUAAUGGUGUGGAAGAGUAACUUUGACUGUGCCGAAGGCAGUGAUGGUGUCGGCAGUGAUGGUGUCAGGCUGCAACAUAGAACUACUUCCAGCUUGCAGGCACUCCCAGCCAGCUCCACGGCUCAGCCCUCCUUUAACUCGGAUCCGCCUGCUCUCCGCAGCGAGGCCUCUGAACCAUCAGAACAUUUUAAUGGACAGGACUCCCACACUGCUGCCCACACUCAGAGCGUCAGCCACAGCAGAGCGCCUCAUUCCCACACCUACAGACACCUCAGCAGCAGUUCUUCUUCCACCCACCAGCCACAGGCCCGGGGUUUACCACAGCAUUCCCCCCAGGUCCAAGCACAGUCCCAGGCCUCAGAUGGAGGGGUCCCCCCUGCUUUAGCCCGCACCCUGGAUCACAUCAUCGGUCAACUGGAUAUUCUCACUCAGACGGUUUCGAUCUUGGAGCAGCGUCUGACGCUGACAGAGGACAAACUCAAGGAGUGUUUGGAGAACCAGAUGGAGAUCGGUCUGCAUCUCCAGAGACGAGAGGAGGCCUAAAGAUGGCGUCCCCAGAGAGAGGUUGAGCUGUGGUGUGAGGGAAAUUGGGUCGCAGCGGCACCAUCAACAGAAACGCGUAUGCAGUACUCGCUGGCUGCUGUUGUUGGAUCACACGUAAAAAAAUGUGCAAACUUGCACACGGUCUGGAAACAUUUUCCUGACUGGACUUCAAAUGCACACUGAGCCUUACUGCUGAUGUACCGCGCCUAGUUGUUUCACAAAGAGAUAUAAGAAGUGAAGGAGUUGAAUAUUAGAGAAGUUGUUCUUCUACAAGAGUGCUGAGAGCGCAGUCCCAUUUCUGCUGACGAAGGACCUGCUGCUACAAGUCACUGUGUGUGUGUGUGUGUGUGUGUGUGUGUGUGUGUGUGUGUGUGUGUGUGUGUGUGUGUGUGUGUGUGUGUGUGUGUGUGUGUGUGUGUGUGUGUGUGUGUGUGUGUGUGUGUGUGUGUGUGUGUGUGUGUGUGUGUGUGUGUGUGUGUGUGUGUGUGUGUACACACGAUGGGUGCCUGUACAAAAGUGUAGACACAUGCAAAAGACUUCCAUACUUGCCUUUGCACUACACGUGUGGGUGUUUUAAAAUCUAGUUGUGCAGGAUCACGCAGAAUGGCAUCAGAAGGAAAUGUUCUUUUUUGUCAAAAAAAAAGCACAUAGACUGUGAGCGGUAAUCACAACCAACAUGUUACUCACAGUUAUUAUUUUAUGAUGCAUUCAGGCCAGCACAGGGAUUUAAUCAUUUCCAAAUUGCAGAAAGAGGAGAAAGAGGAACCUGAAUUUGACCUUAUUCGGCUUACGACUGAGAGCCACAGACAGGCUAGGAAAGUCUGAAAGUAUUGAGAGAUGAACUAACACAUUGUUGUCUCCUGACUGGAUCACAAUUAAACAAAAUGUAAAAUAAAGGCAGUUUAUACUUUAAGUUGAAAUGAUGGCACAAGUUCAGAAUGGCUGAUUGUAAUUACUGCAGUUUAAAAGAUAAGUGUCUUGUUCCGUCCCUUUAAGCCCUUUGUCUGAAUUUUUUAUACAGUGGAAUUAACUUAUUGUGUACCUUCUUUAAUAAAUGUUUUUCACUAUUAUCUCUCUGAAA